AUGGCUGAGGUUGUAGGCAUGUUUCUGUCUCCCUUCCUCCAAGUGUUUUUUGAAAGAAUGGCAUCUCGCGAGUUUGAUGGCUUGUUUCGGGGACGAAAGCUCAAUGACAGACUCCUAAACAAGUUGAAGAUAGCAUUGUCGUCCGUGGAUGCAGUGGUGGAAGACGCAGAGGACAAGCAAUUUACAGAUACUAGUGUGAAAAAGUGGCUCGAUGAGAUGAAAGAUGUUAUCUAUUAUGCAGAGGACAUCUUGGACGAGAUUGAUACAAAAGACCUGCAACUCAAGCUGGAUUCUGAAUUUGGAACCAUUGCAAGUAAGGUACGACACUCCAUCACUGCUUCUCUUUUUGUCAAUAAGAUAGAAGGAGAGAUAAAAGAUGCAGUUGACAAAUUAGAAGACCUAGCAAACCAAAAAGGGGCCUUAGGUCUGAAACCAGGUACUGUUGGAAGGAAUCCAUCAGAAAGACCGCCCACGACUUCUUUGAUUGAUGAAUCUCGUAUUUUUGGUAGGCAUGACGAUAAGAAUGCAAUAAUUAAAUCGCUGCUUUCAGAUAAUGGAAGUGGCAACGAGAUGGAAGUGAUUGCCAUCAUUGGCAUGGGCGGAAUUGGCAAAACCACCCUUGCUCAGCUUGUUUUCAAUGAUGACAGGCUGAAGGGGCAUUUCGACCAUAAGGCAUGGGUUUGUGUUUCGGACCCAUUUGACGUGUUUCAGGUAACGAAAACAAUUGUUGAGAAAUUAGGAAUCAAAAAAACCAAAGAUAAGGAUCUAGAUCAACUUCAAAGUCUACUCAAAGACGAGUUAAUGAAGAAGAAAUUUUUACUUGUUUUAGAUGAUGUUUGGAAUAGAAAGCGGGCUGAUUGGGAACUCCUAAGCAAACCCUUUAACUCUGGGGCACAAAGAAGUAGGAUCAUCGUAACAACACGUGAUGAGGAGGUUGCAUUAGUCAUGUUCGCUAGUGAAACUCAUCGUAUAAAUAAGUUAUCCAAAGAAGAUUGUUGGUCUCUAUUUUUAAAAUAUGCAUUCCAUGAUGGCAACUCUGAUGCAUAUCCAGAACUAGAAGCAAUAGGAAGACAAAUUGUAGAAAAGUGCAAAGGCUUACCUUUAGCAAUCAAGGCCAUUGGGGCUCUCUUAUGGUCUAAAUUAGGUGUUGAUGAAUGGGAUAAGGUAUUGAGAAGUGAAUUAUGGGAUUUGCCAAUUGAGGAGACUGACAUUCUUCCUGCUCUAAGAUUAAGUUAUAAAUAUCUUUCACCACAUCUAAAGCGAUGCUUUGCAUAUUGCUCCAUAUUUCCAAAGGACUAUAAAUUCGAAAAAGAUGCAUUAGUCUUAUUAUGGAUGGCAGAAGGUUUUUUGCCGCAACCCAAAAACAAAACAAUGGAAGAAGUUGGUGAUGAUUAUUUCUUUGCUCUUGUAUCAAGAUCAUUAUUCCAACGAUCCAAUGACGAGAAAUAUACAAUGCAUGAGAAAUAUGUAAUGCAUGAUAUUGUCAGCGAUUUGGCAAAGUUUAUAUCUAAAAAAUUCAUCUUUAGCCCUGAAGAUGUCUGUUCUCAUGAAAUUCCAAGCAAGAGUACUCGCCAUUUCUCAUAUUCUUGCAAAAAUAUUGAUAUUAAGAAGUUUGCGGCCUUUCACGAGGAUAAGAGGUUGCACACUGUCCUAGAAUUAAAUCCGGACCGUAUUUUGAUCCUGUCCGAAAAACAAUUUUUAUUACCAAUGAUAAAAACCCUACGAGUGCUCAUUAUAUCUCACCAUGCAAACAUAACUAAGUUGCCAUAUUCAAUCGAUAUUGAAUUUAUCCUCUUGUUGGAAUCUUGUUGCCUUGCCAAAAGAUAUGCAUAA